UUCCUUUCCCCCAAAAACACCCCCCGCGUUGACAUCAAACACUUUCUCUCUCUAAACUCACACUCUCUUUCUUUCUCUCUCUCUAUAACUAACUUCCCGAGAUGCAAGGCCUACGGCGGUGCUCAAACGACGUCGUUCACCUCGACCUGGGUCCCACCACCACCACCACAAAUCUAGUCCUCUCUUCCUCUUCCUCAUCAACUAAUUCCUUAUCAAUCGACGAUGAGGAAUCAAUCGACACUCGAAUCCAACGGCUCAUAUCAGAGCAUCCUGUAAUCAUCUUCACCAGAAGCUCUUGUUGCAUGUGCCACGUCAUGAAGAAGCUUCUAGCCACCAUAGGAGUCCAUCCAACGGUUAUCGAAUUAGACGAUCAUGAGAUCCCCUUCUUACCCUCACCACCACCGCCUCCGCCCUCCGAUGAUUCUUCCGAUAACGCCGCCUCCGCAGGAGGACACCAUGGAUUCGCGGCGGCUCCAGCCGUUUUUAUCGGCGGCGUUUGUAUCGGCGGCUUGGAAUCUCUAGUCGCUCUACACCUCAGUGGCCAUCUCAUCCCUAGGCUCGUCGAAGUUGGUGCUCUCUGAUAAUUAAUAUUAAUUAAUUCGUAAUUAAUUACUACGAACUUUUUUUUUAAAAUAUAUAUUAUAUGAAAUAUAGUUUUGUAAUUUUUAUGGGUUAUUUUAUUUUAUUUUGAAACAAAAAUGAAGAAGAAAAUAUAAUAACCCUCUUUGCUAUGUUUUGUUUUGUAUAAAAUUUCAAUUGCUUUUGUUUUUCCUCUUUGAAUUUUGGUCAAAAUGAUCUAUAUUAUAUGAGAUGGGAAAGUCAAACAAUCGUGUGGUUA